CUCAGCAUCUCCCAGGCAUCUGCUGCAUCCCACCAGGAGCUCUACUGAACUCUCUCAUCCAUCACAAUGAGCAACAAAUUCCUAGGCACCUGGAAGCUUGUCUCCAGCGAGCACUUCGAUGACUACAUGAAAGCUCUAGGUGUGGGGUUAGCCAACAGAAAACUGGGAAACUUGGCCAAGCCUACUGUGAUCAUCAGCAAAAAGGGGGAUUAUAUCACCAUUAGAACGGAGAGUGCCUUUAAAAAUACAGAGAUCUCCUUCAAGUUGGGCCAGGAGUUUGAUGAAACCACAGCUGACAACAGAAAAGCCAAGAGCAUCGUGACACUGGAGAGAGGAUCCCUGAAGCAAGUGCAGAAGUGGGAUGGUAAAGAGACAGCCAUAAGGAGAAGGUUGCUGGAUGGGAGAAUGGUAGUGGAAUAUAUAAUGAAGGGUGUGGUUUGUACCAGAAUUUAUGAGAAGAUCUGAGAAAAAUCGUUGGAUCAUCCAAAUGAUGUUUGCUAAUCUAAGACUGGAAAUAUUCAGCAAGUCCUGCAUUCACUGCAGCUGGCUUCUCUGGUUUCCUCUGUGCUUGUCAUACUGUGUUCUAUAGUAAAGGUUUAAAUGAGGAUUAAUCUAAAAUACUAAUUUAGACAUUUUCCAUUUUCAUCCAUCUUUACCAUGUUAAUCCUUCUGUAUUGACUAGACAAAAGACAUCCCAUAAAAAUCACUGUUGCAAAGUGACAGCCUAAGCUGUGCUCAUUCUGUUUUGAAUAAUGAUGAGAAGGUAAGAGCUUUGUUCUGGGCAGAGAUAAGUGCCUCGGGGGCCUGGACAGUUAUGAGGCAGGGGAAUCAUAAAGAAAGCAAAGCAAGAGGAUGAGCUGCUCUAACUGGGGGUUGGGGUUCCGUGUUUCAGCCAACAGGAACAGCCUCCAUUCCACUUGGCCAAAGUUUUGUAAUGCACAAACAAUAUGAUGCCCAGUUGUUACAGCCACUGAGAGUGUUUGACAAGUGCAUGUUCCUAUGUGCCUGCACAUCCCUACUGAGGCAAACAUGGUUCCUCCAUCUUAGCAGGCUUCCUCAUCUCCCUCCCCAGGAAAUAUCAACCCACCAGAAGCAAGGAUGGUUUUGAUUUGGUCCUGGACUAGCUUUGCUUAAAAUAGCACCAAACCUCCUGUAUUCAUUUCUCUCUACCUUUUAAAACUUAGCAUGAUGGUUUCCAGGUUUAUCCAGGUUAUUGCAUGUAGCAGUAAUUUGUUUCUUUUUAUCGCCAAGUAUCAUUCCAUUGUAUAACCGCGUCAUUAUAGUUAUCCAUCUUUCUCCUGAAACAAUUGGGUUAUAACCAGUGUUUGUAUAUGAUGAAUAAAGCUGCUAUGUUCUUGUA